AUGGCGUCAGAUAACAAUCCACCGUUCUCUUCUGUAGACAUUCAGGCUCUUGCAAGUUUGGUUAACCAGAUCAAUCUUAUGCAAUCGAAUGCAACAAGAACGCAAUCAAAUCCUGCAUUGGAUCCAGCGAGUCCCUAUUUUCUGCAUCCCGGAGAAAAUUCAGGUUCUUCUUUACUUUCGACUCCUUUAGUAGGAAACAAUUAUCAAAUUUGGGAGAAAGCUAUGUGGAGAACACUUACAUCAAAGAAUAAACUAGGAUUUGUAAAUGGAUCAAUUAAAAAACCUGAAAGAGGAACUGCGUUGUUUGAAGCAUGGGAACGGUCUAACACAUAUGUAGUUUCUUUGAUUAAUCAAUCUUUAAGCCCUGAGAUAGCUAAGAGUGUAGUGUGGAUAAAUUCUGCUGAGGAAUUGUUGAAAGAAUUAAAGCAUAGGUACUGUCACGGAGACAUAUAUAGAAUUGCAGAACUAGAGGAAGAUCUAUUUGCUACAAGACAAGGAGAGUUAACAAUUACUGCUUACUAUACAAAAUUGAAAGAGAUUUGGGAAGAAUUAGAUAAUUUGCGCCCGAUUCCGAUCUGUUCAAGAUGUUCUGAAAACUGCACCUGUGAAUUGAAUAUAUUGAGAGGUUAUAAGGAAGACUCAAGUGUUGUAAGACUCUUGCGUGGAUUGAAUGAUCAAUAUUCUAUUGUACGAUCUCAAAUCAUGCUGAUGAAACCAUUGCCCAAAGUAGACGCAUUUUUUUCUGAUUUGCUUCAGCAAGAGAGGCAGUUUAACAUGAAUGAAAUAGUUGAAGGGAAGGCAUUGAUAACCAAUGCAAGAACUGAUGGUAGAAUUAUUAGAGGAAGGGGUAGAGGCAAAGGAGACACAUGCUAUAAAAAGCAUGGGUUCCCUCCUCAUUUCAAGAAUGGUGGUGCCUCUAUUAACAUUUUGGUUGCUGAAGAAAGUGAUGAUAACAGCAAUCAAUCUCAAGAAGCAUUCAGCAAUUCUGAGCUUGGCUUUACUUUAGAGCAAAAGGAAGCAUUAUUAGCUCUCUUGAAUCAGCAAGAUGCACAACCAAAGCAUAGCAUAAAUCAAAUUGUUGCCACCACACUUCCGUCAAGCCAAGGUAUCUCUUACAUAAUGUCAAUGUCUAAUUUCAGUCCAAAAUCCUGGGUCAUUGACUCAGGUGCUACAAAUCAUGUUGCCUAUUCAAAGUCAUUCUUUCAGUGUCUAUAUCAAAUAAAACCUGUUCUUAUUAAUAUGCCUGAUGGUACCAGUACAAUAACCCAAUAUGCAGGAACCAUAGUAUUCUCAGACCAGUUUAAAUUGUUUCAUGUGUUUUAUAUUCCAACAUUCAAGUUUAAUCUAAUAUCUGUGUCUAAAUUGACUGCCGAUUCAAAAUUAAAACUUACAUUUGAUGAAUUUGGUUGUGAAAUUCAGGAAAAGAUUACCAUGAAGACAAUUGGUGUAGCUGAACAGAGAAGAGGCUUGUAUGCUUUUGAAAACCUCAUACCUGUUCAAGCUGCAUCUUCAUCUGUUCUUUCAUCUACAUCUGCACUGACUAUUCAGCCUGCACAAUAUCUGCAUCUUCAUCUAUUCUUUCAUCUGCAUCUGCACUAG